AAAAGGCAAAAAGGGCAAGAAGUUGCCAGUGCUCAUCGAUGGCGUGGACACCUCGGCGAUGACGCGCGAUCAGCUGGAGGCGUUCUCGCUACGCCUCAAAGCGGAAAUGGAUCGGGAGCGGGAGGAGCGUAACUACUUCCAAUUGGAGCGCGACAAGAUACGCACCUUCUGGGAAAUCACGCGCCAGCAGCUGGAGGAGGCCAAGUUCGAGCUGCAGCAGAAGGACAAGGAGAUUGAGGCCACACAGGACCUGGCCGACAUUGAUACCAAGCACAUAAUGCAGCAGAUGAAGCAUCUGCAGUUCGAGAAUCAUAGCAAACUGGGCGAGGUGCGCGCCGAGGCCAUGACCCAGCUCAAGGUGGCCCAGGAGCAUCAUCUGCUGCAGGAGCUGGAGCUGCAGACCGACAAGCGACAGCUGCGUCGCAUUGUUCGCGAGCGCAUCGAGAUGAGCGACAUGCAGCACCGCCAGCUGGAGGCGCACUUCAAUCAGCAGCUGCUGGAGCAACGUCUCCUAUUUGAGAGUGAGCGCAAGGAUAAUGAUCGCCUGCACGACGAGAAGAUGAAGGAGCAGCGCAGCAAGCUGGAGCUUUUUUUCAACUCGCAAAUGUUCGAGGUGGAGGAGCGCAAGAAUCAGCAGAUCAAGGAUCUGCAGGAUCACCACGAUCUGGCGUUCAACGACAUGAAGAACUAUUAUAACGACAUCACACUGAACAACUUAGCGCUGAUUGGCAGCAUGAAGGAGCAAAUCGAGCAGCUGCGCCGCCAGGCUGAUCGCAGCGAUCGCAUUGCGGCCGAGGCGACCACAGAGACGCGUCGCCUCAAGGAGCCGCUGGAGCACGCCAAGACUCAUCUCAAGGAGCUGCAGCGCAAGCUGGAGUUCUACGAUCGCGACAAGCUGCAGUUGAGCCGCCUCAAGAAGAGCAACACCAUACUGGAGAAGAAGGUAAAGAGCUUGAUGUGGGAGUCGGAGACGCUCCUGCUGCGCAACGAUGCUCUUGUUGGCGAGCGAGCCAAUCUGAAGGCUCGAUUCAACGAGGUCAUCGUUGAGCUGCAGCAAAAGACCGGCCUCAAGAACGUGCUGCUCGAGCGCAAGAUUGCGGCGCUGAUGCGCGAGGACGAGAAGCGCAGCAUCAUCCUGCGCAAAACAAUGGCCACCUGCGCUCCCGAGUUCGCCGAGAAGCUGGAGAACGUGGAGAAGACCGUCAGCGAUGUGGUCGACACCAAGAACCAGACCAUCAUCGAUCUGCGCUACGAGCUGGCCAAGGCCUGGAAGGCCCACGACGAUCUGCUCGAGACAUACGAGUGCAAGCUCAAGCAAUAUGGCAUCCCAACCGAUGAGCUGGGCUUCGAGCCAAUACGCGAGCGCACCAACCAGCAGCUCUACAUAUGCGGACCCGCUGGCAUUGUCACCGAGAACAACACUCACCACUUUACGGUGCUUGGCUCCGCGAGUUUCCAGCAACAGCAGCCGUAUCGGCGCUAUUGCAGCAACAAUUCAGUGUUUUACCGGCGCGCAUGUUUUCUGGUGUUACGGGUUUUUGUUUUUGUUGAACGAUUUUGUGAUUCCAGCGCCUUGGCCAUUGCCAUGUUGCGUACACAUCUAUUCCAAAAUGUGCGUCUGCAUUUUCGAUUGCAACGAGCCACAGCUGGAGCAGCCAUUUCGGCACCAACAGCACGUGGAUGUCCGCAUUAUGCAAUUCUAAUGAGUAGCAGGACAAUAAUACCAGCACUUCAGCCACUUGCAAAUAACUACACGACGGUGGCAUCCAAUUCAGUGGCACGGCCAGCGGCGACGCACAAGAAGCGCAUAGGGAAGGCCAACGAACGCAUCCCAACAAUCGCUAGUCUCGACGAUCUGUGGACGCAGCUGGAGCAACACUAUCAGCAGCAUAGUGUGCUCCGUUAUGAGCACUGCGAACAUGUGCUGGCGCUAGUGGAAUCCAAACCCAGUGGAGUACAGCAAAAACUCAGUGCCGAGCAGCUGCAUUUUCUACUGGGAGGCUGUGUGCCGGAGCUGUUGCCAGUGCUCAGCAGCAGAGAGCGUCUGGAGCUGUUUCGACGACUAUGGGCUCAACUGCUGAAAGUGGAACAGCCCUCAAUGUCGCACUAUUACACGCAGCUACAGAUGCUGCACCAGAACCAGCUACCGUUGGCCGACCACCGAGCACUGCUUGCUGAGAUCGCUACUUACAACGGCGCAGCGGACGUGACCCUCUACAGCGCACUGCUGGAUGUAGCCGGCGCAAGUGGCAACAUGCGACAGGCCACCGAAUUGCUAAGUGAGAUGCGUGAACGCAACUUUCCACUUUCGGAGCGCAACUUUCAUGCCCUUCUGCUCGGCCAUGCACGGAGCGGAGAUUUGGCCGGCGUCGAAACAGUUCUAAGCAGCAUGCGAGCGGCGGGCAUAACGCCCAACGCCAGCACACAGUCGCUGUGCUUUGUUGCCUACGUGGAGAACGGAGAGCUGACCAAGGCACGCGACUUACUAAAGCGGCAUACAGGCAGCUUUAAUGCACCGCAGUUAAUACAAAUGCUACGAACCGUGCUCAACGAAAAGCAAGUGGACGUGCAGUUGCUGCAGCAGCUGGUGGCUCAGUUGCCUGUGGAGUAUGUGGACGACAUCGAUGUACCACCGGCCCUUAACAGCCUAUGCAUCCAGCUGCUGCAUAGAGACCAGGCGGGACUAAUGAUUCAGCUGGUUGGACUGCUGCCGGCGCCCAAAUUCAACGAGAACCAAAAUAUCGAUGGCUAUGCGGCGUACUUGCUGCAGGAACUCUUCCGUGCGCGCACCCCUCUCGACCAGAUGCUUCAGUUUGCCACCCAGUUGCGCCAGCGCGGUCAGAACACGCGCGCCUUGGAGGUGCUCGCGGAACUGGCAUUGCGUCGCCAGCCGGCCAUUGCAUUGAGCUGUAUAGAGGCUUUGAAUGCCGCGGGCGAGCCGCUGCGUCCGCACUACUUCUGGCCCCUGUUGCUGCAGCAGCAUAAGCGCGAGGGCGAGAGUGGUGUGCUCCGGGUGCUGGGCGACAUGCAUCGCCUGCACGUGGAAUGCGACGAGCAAACACUGCGGCAGUAUGUGCUGGUCAAUCUGUGGCAGACGUUGCAGCAACCGCUGCAGGCACUGCAGCAACUGGACGCUGUAGGCGUGCGUGCCUCCCAGGCGCUUGUCCACGUGCUCAGCCAAUUGCUGCAGCAGCAGGAGCUGAAAGCAGCGCUCGACCUGCUCCAGCGUUAUCCGACACGUUUCCAGCUAUCGACACUGCUGCAACCAAUGGCGUCGCUGGCGGUGCACGUGCGGGCGACCAAACGCUUCGAGCAGUUUGCCCAACUGACGCAGGCGUUGCAGCAGCGUUCGUUGCAGCGUAAGGAUGAUUUUAUUGGAGCUCUGAUGCUUCAGAUGUGCGGCGCACAGACGCGCUUGCGCCAGGACCCGGCAUCCCUGUUGCGCUUCCUGCACGAGAUGCAACGCCUGCAGCUGCAGCUGUCCCCAGCAGCGGCCGAAUCACUGCUAAACCUGGUGAGCAAUGCCGAUACGGACACACGACAGUCGCUGGGUAAAACGCUGCAGAAGAUGCGCAACGUGGAGUUGACAUUGCCAGCAGAUACGCUCGUGGCAGUUGGCGGAUUCAUCAAGCAUCCGCGCGACAUGUCGCUGGACGAACUCGAAUGCCAUCUCAUCGAACUCGAGACAAAACAGCUAAAUACACGCGGCGUGCUGCGACGCCUGCUGCAGAUGAGCGUGCGCGAUGGCCGCUUGGAACGCGCGCUCGAGCUGCAGAGCAAAUGCGAUGCACUACAUGUACAAACCAGCCCCGGCAUGCUGGCCGCCAUCUUUGAUCUGCACAUCAAGCUGAAGAACCUGCCCCGUGCGCAGCAGAGCCUUCAGCGUUUGCAAUCCACAUAUCCAGGGUUCCUGCUGGACGAGCACAAGCUGAUUGACUACGCAGCUCUGCUCGUGGAGGAGGGUCAACUGGAUGCAGCCAAGGAGCUGUUGCAGCGGCGCGCCGAGCAGCAUAAGAUCAACGGCGGCAACUAUGUCAUGAAGAACGUCUGGCAGUUGCUCACGAAUGUUGCCAAAAUGGCUGCAAAGCAAACUGCAUCCACGCCCAACUCCGCUAGUCCCACACUCGAAACGUUUCAGUUUUUACGCAAGCUCGGCUAUUGCCAGACACAUAAUACUCUGCUGGGCCCUGUGCUGCGCGAAUGGCUGUACCGUGGCGAUAUGGAUGGUGCGGUGGCAGAGUUUCAGCGCAUGGCCACGCGUCACAACCACACGCCGCUGCAGUUCGAGAUGCUGUCGCUGCUGGUAAAGCUUAGCAACGGCGACGAAACGGAGCUGGCACGCUUUCCGGGCACGACGAAGGAGUCGGCGCAGCAGCAUCUGGUCACAGUUACGUCGACGGUCAGUCGAGUGCAUGGCGCAGCCAACAUGAAUAGCGCCCUGUUGCUGGCACUGGCGGAGUCGGGCACUGAGACUCAGCUGCGUCGCCUCAUCAUCAAUCCAGAGUUUCGGCUCAAUCAUGACCUGCUCCUGAAGAACUGUGAGCACCUGGGCCAAGAGGGCGCCGUACGCACACUCCUGCGUCUGGCCCGUGGCGUCCGUGGUCUGCAGCGCACCAUUGACGAGCAGCGCAUCUACGACAUGCUGUUAUCACAUUUCACCAAGAACAACAACUACGAGGGCGCCAUAGACCUCUACGAGCGCCUGCAGGAAGACGACGAACUAAAGGUCUCACAGGAGUUUAUUCGUAAUCUGGUCAAGCUGUUGCAGCUGAAUAAUAUAGAGAUUCCCAGCAGCAUUGCUAUGCGGGCUCAGAUUAGAUAGGAUCAUAUUUCUAUAUAUA